CCAGGAACAGAGCAGGGUUAGGGCAGACAGCUGCAGCUCACAGACUAGCUCAGCUUCUCUUGAAUCUGUGGCUCUGGGCUUGCCUUCAGGCUGAAAGUCAAAUCAGACUGGCACUGUUCUAGUGAUUUCUCUGUUUAUACCUCUGUGUUCUCUCACAGAGAAGACUUUUUCUCAUCUUUGUUUCUCCUGAAACAUCUGGAGUGAAGAAAACCUCUGCAGUGGCCAAGCAAAAGACUCAGUAUCUGUGACUGAAGGGGAUCAGCUAAGAGCAACUCCUCACAACAUCAAGGAAGAGACUAUUCACACUCUUAUCUUGAAAUCGGAAGUUGAAUUUGUGAGCAUGAUAUGAUUUAGAAAUCAUGGGUUGUAGCAGUUCUUCAACAGAAAACAAGAAAUCUGAGAAAGUGGUAAAAGCCGCCUUGGUCAUCCAGAACUGGUACCGAGGUUACAGAGCUCGACUGAAGGCCAGACAACACUAUGCCCUCACCAUCUUCCAGUCUAUUGAAUAUGCUGAUGAACAAGGUCAAAUGCAGUUAUCCAAUUUCUUUACCUUCAUGUUGGAAAACUUUACACCAUCACGUAAGGAAGAUCCAGCACUAGUAAGUCGGCUUUUUGAAACCACCUUCCAGGAUAUCAAGGAUAGACGGGACUAUGUAGGGUUGAUAGAUGUACCAGACUCCUAUGAAGGUCCUCGCCUGGAAUUUCCUCUCACUUUUACUGACAUUGGUCAACUUCUUGAGGCAUUUAAGCAACAACAGAUACUUCAUGCUCAUUAUGUCUUAGGGGUGUUAUUUGAAACCAGGAAACUACUGAAGCAAAUGCCGAAUUUCACUCAUGUAAAAACUUCUCCCUCCAAAGAGAUAACAGUUUGUGGUGAUUUACAUGGGAAACUGGAUGACCUUUUUUUGAUCUUCUAUAAGAAUGGUCUCCCAUCGGGGAACAACCCGUAUGUUUUUAAUGGUGAUUUUGUAGAUCGAGGCAGUAACUCCAUAGAGGUCCUCAUGGUCUUGCUUGUGAGUUUUCUUGUCUACCCCAAUGACCUGCAUUUGAACAGAGGAAAUCAUGAGGAUUUUAUGAUGAAUAUGAGGUAUGGCUUUACAAGAGAAAUCUUGAGUAAAUACAAGUUGCAUGGAAAAAAAAUCUUGCAAAUCUUGGAAGAAGUCUAUACCUUGCUCCCAAUUGGUACUAUUAUUGACAAUGAAAUUCUGGUGAUACAUGGCGGGAUAUCUGAGUCCACAGAUUUGAAUUUACUCCACCGCCUAGAGAGAAGCAAAAUGAGAUCUGUGCUGAUGCCACCAGUGUCAAUAAAUAAAGACAAUGCCACUGACUUGAAGAAAAGUAAAAUGGGCAUAACUCUUACUGCACCAGGGAGAGUCAGAUCAAGUGAUUUAUCCUCUGAACAAUUAUCAAAGCAUGAAUGGGAACAGAUCGUUGACAUUCUGUGGAGUGACCCCAGAGGCAGAAAAGGCUGUUAUCCAAAUACAAGUCGAGGAGGAGGCUGCUAUUUUGGACCAGACGUUACCUCUAAGAUUCUUAAUAAAUAUCAGUUGAAGAUGCUCAUUAGGUCUCAUGAAUGUAAGCAUGAUGGAUAUGAAAUCUGCCAUGAUGGGAAGGUUAUUACCAUAUUUUCUGCUUCUAAUUAUUAUGAAGAAGGCAGCAAUCGAGGAGCUUACAUCAGACUAGGUUGUGGUAUGAACCCACGAUUUUUCCAGUACCGAGUAACUAGUUCAACAUGCAUGAGCCCUCUUCACCAUAGGGUACAUGCUAUGGAAAAUAGUGCCAUCAGAAUAUUAAAAGAGAGAAUAAUUUCACGAAAAACUGACCUCAUGCAUGCUUUCCAACUUCGAGACCACAGUCGAUCAGGAAAAAUUUCAAUAGCCCAAUGGGCUUUUUCUAUGGAGAGCAUUUUGGGACUGAACUUACCAUGGAGAUCCCUGAGUUUGCGUCUGGUAAACAUAGACAAAAGUGGAAAUGUUGACUACAUGUCCAGCUUCCAGGAUGUCCACAUUGAAAAACCUGUGAAAGAGGCCCAGUCUACUCUAAUUGAAACUCUGUACAGAUACCGAUCUGACCUGCAAAUCAUAUUUAAUGUCAUUGACUCUGAUCACUCAGGCAUGAUCUCCAUGGAAGAAUUUCGGACCAUGUGGAAACUUUUCAGAACUCACUACAGCGUUGAUAUUGAUGAUUCCCAAGUUGAUUCACUUGCCAAUACAAUGGACUUAAACAAAGAUGGAAGCAUUGACUUUAAUGAGUUUUUAAAGGCUUUCUAUGUAGUGCAUAAAUACGAGAAGUUGAGCACAUCAGAGACCAAGUCUCCUAACUAUAAAUGAAGGCUUCCCUCAGGCUCCUUGUAAACAGCUGAACCCAAGUCACAAUCUUUUUCAGGACCACUGAAAUUCGUAGUCACUAAUAGAGAAUAGUAGACUCCAAUUCCCACCACAAGCAUAUGCACAGUAUGGGUGUCGGAAGCCCUUAGCAAACUGUAAUUGGUAAGACUAGGUUAAAUGUCAGCUGAUAAGAUUUGCCUCCAAUGUUGGGACUCACCCACUGCCAUUGAAAAGCUCGGUUUGAGCCUAGUGUUGGUCUCCUGGAUGUCACCCAAUCGGGAGACCAGAGCAGUUUGGAAACAUACUGAAAGGAAUCCACAGAGCACCAGAGGAAACUAUGAAGUGCAACAACUGUGACUGAGGGAUGGGAGGAAGAAUACCAAGCUACUAAGGGAAUAAACUAUUUCCAUCCUUAAAUUGUAAUCUUUUUUUGAAAUUCCAUAAACCAGUGAUCUUUAAUUGUGGGGAAAUCAUUCUUCAGGGAUGGGGACCACAUCAUAUUCUGGGGGAAAAACUUUUUUCAUUUCUGUUGGAAAUACAAAGUGAAUACAUUUAUAUUGAGCCCUAUAAUUAAUAUGGUCUGACACCUUCAUUGAUAAGACAGGGCCUUGGUUAUGCAUAUAUUGUGCAAAUUAUUCUGCUAUUCUGAUCUUGAGUCAAACAUGAUGAGAUUUUUGUUUAAAGGUGAGUAUAGGUUUCACUUUUUAAAAAGUUUUAGAACUUCAAGUUCUAGAAACAUGCCAGAUCCUAUAAGCCUGCCUGCUCCACACACCAGAAAUAAUGGAUAAAAUCUAACAAAUACAUAUUUUUUUUAUUAGACAACUGAGGUUGCAGAAAAGUAAAAGAAACAGAGAGGGGGAAAAAGCAUCAUUGAAACUAUAGCAAUAUUAAUAUCAGGCAGGUUAGACUUUAGGGCAAAAAAUAUCAUUGGGUAUAAAAAAGAUCCUUACUGAAUGUUAAGAGAAAUAAUUCACCAGAAAGAUAUAAUAAUUAUUAAUUACUAUGCAUCUAGUAAUGAAGGCU